AAAUCUAAAUUAAUGUGAUAGUAUAUAAUAAGACAAGUCAGCAUGAAGCUCAACAUGGACCAGCAACCUAAAUACCUGAUGACAGACAGAUUGCAGACAUACUAGAUUGAUCAAAACAUGAAGAGAAGUUUGGUUCCAGUCAUGUCUAAUGAAGAGAUGAAGAUUCGCAGAGAGCUUGAGAUGGAUAUAGAAAGAGAUUUAGAGCAAGAAAUUAAAGAUGGAAUUUACCAUCUUGCAUUAAGAUUGCACAGACUUUAUCAACACCAAGAAGAAAGGAACAAAAGAGAAACAUCAGAUCAAUCUGCUGCGACAAAAUAUAUUCAUCAGGAAACAAGAAACAAAAUGCUGUCUGAAGUCAACAUAAGUAUAAAGCUGGAUGGAGGAACCAAGAUUGAAAUAAAAGAGAAAAAGAAAGAAGCUCCAUGUCGGCCAAGAAGUUCAAGAUCUGAACAGAAUCGCAGUUUUCAGGGCAUGAUUCAAACUAAGAGGUUUGAUUGGGCCAGAAGUCUGAGGUCAUCAGGUUUAGCUCCUGCUAUGGCCAUUACCAGGAGAAAUGAAAGAUCUCUCCAGGGAAGAACACUGAGCAAUUGCCAUGCAGGUCAGUGUCUGAAUCUGAACCCUGAGAAUAAUUCCAGGAGAAAUCUCACUGGGCAGCAAAAAAUCAAUGCAGGUCUUGAGUAUAAGAUACUUGAAUUGGGAUGGAAAUGUUAAAAUUAUAUUUUGAGUGAGGAUAUUUUUGUAAUU